AACAAAUUAAUAACAGUUAUUUUUUUUAAAUUGCAUUUUUGAUUGAUGCAAAGUUUUUUGAUUAUUUCACUCAACUUUUCGUAUUAAAUGAUGUAUGAAUCAUCGUAUCGACCAUUAUAGUUUCCCUUAUUGAAUUAAAAACUUAUUCAUUUAGUUCUUGUUUAGUUAAAUUUUUUAUUUCCACCGUCAGCAAUCACUUUUGUAAUAAUUUCGUUUUUAUUGAAAACAUUGUGAUAGAAACGAAUUUGAACAUGAAUCAUUCCCUUGGAGAUGUUUUGUCAAUAAUAUAUAAUGAGGGCCAAUGGAGAAUAAACAAAGUUUCGCCACUGUUUGAUUUGCAGUAUAAUGUUGUUAAAUUGAAACAAUAUGCAUCUAAAAUCCGUCAAAGCCUAGUGGCCUCUUUAGCAACAAAUGCUUCAAUUAAAUAUACAGUACAAUUUGAUGAGCAACCCUUUUUAAAGUAUUGUGAAGAAGAUCCCAGUGCUCUAGUAAUUACAGUAUCAUCUGCACAUGAAAAUAGUGCAACAAAUAAAGUAGCAUAUGUAGCAAUCCUGUUGUCAUGGGGUAUGAGUUUCACUCUCGAUUCAGCUACACAUUUACCUUAUUUAAUUGAGCGAGGCGAGCAGAAAGUGGGAAAUGCUGUGAAAUCUACCUUACAGACCAUUUUUGAUUGUAAUAUAAGUCAAUAUGUUAUCACACAGAACCAGCUAUUACAGUUCUGCUUCAAAUUCAUUGAUUGUGAUACAUCCCGCAGUUCAGAUAAUUUUACACUGGUCUACUACACACCACAAAUAGAUCAUAAAGAUCAGCUGAAUCUAACAUUUCAAAUAGGCGAUGUGCAUGUCAUUUGGAAUGGAGUGAAACACUAUAACAAGAACAGAUCAGAUUUAGUCAAUAUUGCAUAUCAAAUGUUGUAUAAUCAAAUAUUUCAUAUGGUGGACUUAGAUGUGAAGCUGCUUGAUCUUUGCAAAGUGAUAUUACCAAAGGCGGAAAUGCAAAAUAACGGCACUUUUAAAAUGAAGACUCCAGAGGCUGUUAACAUUAUGUUUGUUGUGUUGAAUGAAAUAACUUUUAAUACUGCCAAUGACACGAGUCAUAUGACAUAAAGUAAUUAAAAUAUUUAUUUCUAGACUUUUGCAUUGUGUGGUUUAUGGUUUAUCUAAGAUGAGAAUGAACGUGAUCAUUUAGGUAAACUAUGAUAAUUUACCUGGGUUGUCUCGCCGUUUCAGUCAGGUUACAUUGAUCGUCAUCACAAGUAGAAGGAUGUACAGUUGCCAUGCCUCGGCUUCGGAAACAGAACUAUUUAGAAGUGGUUUAUCAUAGUUUACUUAAAUAAUCGCGUUUCUUUCCGUCUCUUAUAAAUUAUAAGAUUGUUUGAAAGGUACUCAAGGUUAUGGAAAAGCAUAUUCCUUUUUUAGAUGCACCUGCAAUGCCUUUGAUGUUGUGGGUGAUCAUGGGCGGCUCUAGUCACUUACUAUCAGAUGAGCCGCAUGCUCGUUUGCUCCGUGUUGUUAAAAAAAUAAGGUUGACACACAGGAUGUAAGAGACACCCUCUAGAUAACUGGUAAAUAAAUCUAUUUAUAGAGACGUUAUCGCUACUGCUUGCAUGAGAUACGAGACCGCAACGUCCAUUUUGUUUUUCUCAAGCAUACAUUAAUGGAAAUAUUUCUACCUAUAAAUAGAGAUCGUACAUUUAUCACUUGUCUAAGGGGGCAGUAUAGGUCAUUAUUAUAAUGUUAUAUUUUUUUAAGACAAAUAUAGGGUAUAAUAAAUAAAAAGUAAUUUUCACGAA